AUGAGCGAACGAGUUUCGAUGGAUGCUGUGGUCGCGCAGCUCGAGCGCGAUCUUGCCUCGCCGGCAGCGGCGCUUGCCGGAGCGGGAGGCGGAGCGAUCUCGCUGGGCCUUACCUACCCGCUGUACACCAUCGUCACCAAGCUGCAGGCACGCGUGUACUACUACUGGUACGCGUUCUUCCGUUCCGUCGCCGAAGGCAAGGGUCCCAAGAAGCGAGCCGUGGGCACUUUCGCCUCCCUCCUCAUCGGCGCACUCGCCGGAGCCAUCACCGUCAUCUUCACCAACCCAUUCUGGGUGGUGACCACUCGCCUGCAGACGGGCCGUGAGACGACCAAGAAGGACGACGAGGUCGGCUUCAAGACGGCGAGGCCCAAGCAGAAGGGCAUCCUGCAGGUCGUCCAGGAGAUCUACCAGGAGGGCGGCCUCAAGGCCUUCUGGAACGGGCUCGUGCCCUCCCUGAUCCUCGUCAUCAACCCGGCCCUCCAGUACAUGGUGUUCGAGCGGGUCAAGGCGGUGUGGGAAAAGCGGACCCCGGGGCGCCAGCUCUCCUCGUCCGAUUUCUUCCUCCUCGGCGCCAUCGCCAAGACGGUGGCCACCGUUGUCACAUAUCCGUACAUCACGGUGAAGACCCGACUGCAGGCCAAGGGCAAGUACUCGGGCACGCUCGAUGUGCUCCAGAAGAUCUACACCCAGGAGGGCAUCGGCUCCUUCUUCAAGGGGAUUGAGUCAAAGAUCGUGCAGUCGGUGCUCACCGCCGCGUUCCUGUUCAUGUUCCAGAACAAGCUGGCCAACUCCUUCCUCAAGCUGCUGGUCUACAUCUACAUCAGGCGCCUUCCGCAACGCAAGUAA